AUGGGGGAUUCAGGUACCUGUGAGUUGGUUGGUAAGCAGCUAGCAUUGGAGAACUCAGCCUGUAACCCCCGGUGCCCUCCUAACUCGGAAUGUGUCAACGCCACCGCCUGUCGCUGCAAGCCGGGGUUUGCCUCUUCAUCUACAGAGAUCUUCACUGACCCCCUGGAGAUCUGUGACGACAUCAAUGAAUGUGUGCCACCCAUGAAAGUGUCCUGUGGAAAACUUACUGACUGCCAGAAUGUGGAGGUCUACUACUGCACGUGCAGCCCGGGCUAUGAGCUCCGUUCUGGGGGAACAAACUUCACUAAUGAGAGUGAGAACACAUGUCAAGAUGUGAAUGAAUGCGCCUCUGGACAAAACCCGUGCCACAAAUCCACUCACUGCCUCAACCAAGUGGGCRGCUACCAGUGCCGCUGCCGACCCGGCUGGAAGCCGGUCCCUGGAUCCCCCAACGGCCCCAACAGCACUGUGUGCGAAGAUGUGGACGAGUGCAGCUCUGGGCAGCAUCAGUGCCACCAGUCCRCCAUCUGCACCAACACCCUGGGGUCGUACCAGUGCCACUGCCACCCAGGCUGGGAGCUGAUUCCUGGGAGCAUCAAUGGCCGGAACAGCACCAUCUGCAAAGUCAAGCCCUUCUUCACCUGGAUUCUGCCCCCUGGAGUCCACAGCCAGAGUCUCUCCCAUUUCAUUGAAAAAGUCAACAAUCUGCACAGGGAUUUCAAGCCAGUUGUGGCCAAGGACACCAUCCAGGGGGUCAUGCAGGAGGUGGAUGUGCUGCUGGAGACCCCUGGGGACCUGCAGACCCUGCCCCCCACACAGAAGCACUGCGUGGCCACUCACCUGCUGACAGAACUGGAGAGGGCCCUGAGAAACCUGAGCAGUGAUCUGCCUGAUGGGACAGCGACCUUCAAUUAUUCUGCAGGCACCCAACUGUCCCUACAGGUUCAGGAACGAGGAGAUGGCAAUGUCACCUUGAGUCUGAAUCAGGCAAAGAUGCAGCUGAACUGGAAUCUGGCACAGGAAUCUUGUUACACAGGUUUAGACUCUCAGGUGCUGUGCGUGGUCACUGCAGGCGCCCUGCACUACCUCUACCUGGCCUCCUUCACCUGGAUGCUGCUGGAGGGGCUGUUCCUCUUCCUCACGGCGCGGAACCUGACUGUGCUCAGUUCCUCCAGCAGAAACAGGCUCAUGAGGAGGCUCAUGUUCCCUGUGGGCUAUGGGGUCCCGGCCACCAUCGUGGCUGUGUCUGCAGCAGCCAGACCUCACCUGUAUGGCACCCCUGCUCGCUGCUGGCUCAAUCCAGAACAGGGGUUUGUGUGGGGCUUCCUUGGACCUGCAUGUGCCAUCUCUUGUGUCAAUUUGGUUUUCUUCCUGAUGACCCUCUGGAUUGUGAAGAGCAAGCUGUCCUCCAUCAAUAGAGAUGUGUCCACCCUCCAGAACACGAG